CUACCUGAGAUAAUAACGCAACCCAAAAAAAUGUCGGCAUCCAAUCAAUGGGAAGUCGUCUCCAAGUCGCGUAAACAAAAGAAUCUAGAAAAGAAAUUGAGCGCCCAUACGGAACAGAAGAGAAUUGCCGCCCAGCUGCCAAAACUGGAAGAGCUGUUGCCAGCGCAACAGUAUAUGAAUUUAUUCGGCAACAGCAACAAUGGCAGCAACAAUAAUAUUAAUAAAGCUUCGCCAACCAAAUCCACUUCCAGCAAUGCAUCUGGUUCUGGAAAAAGUAAAACUGCUAAAACAACAACAGCAGCACCAGCAGAUGCUGCUAAGAAGCAGUCAAAGUCGACGUCGACGGCGAAACCUAAAACGCUGGAACAGGCCAUAAAAAAAAUAACACCCGAUGAUUUUAUGGCACAGCUGGCACAGAUCAAAAUCAGCUGUCCCGGCUCCGAGCUGCGCUGGCUGAGCAGUAUGGCCAGCUAUUUGAACGGAAUUAUUUGCCUUGAUAGCGAUCCCACUUUUUCCGGCCGUAGUGCCCAAUAUCCGUGCAAUUUGGCUAGUCCGGCUUUGAAACAAGCCAUUUUGGAAUUUUUACGUAGUGUUGGUGAAACGAAUUUGGAAUAUUUCUUUUACUCGCUGCUCGAUAGCAUGGCAACAGAACUGAAUGCGGGGCAGCAUGUUGCUGGCUAUAAGUUUGUGUUGCAGCUAAUUGGGCAACAUUGGCCCAACAUCUGUUCACGCAACAUGGCAAAGACGGCAAUGUUGCGGAACUCGUAUCAGAACCGGAGCAACAUUUGCCUCAGUAUCCUCUGGGCCAUUGGACAGGGUGGCCAUCAAUCGCUGACGGAGGGCGUCAAAGUCUGGCAGAAUCUGAUGUUGCCCAAUUUGGAGCUGAAGAAUUUCAGCAAAUUUGUUGUGGAGUACAUUGAACGUGUGCUGAAUGCAGCCAUAACUCUUAAUCGUAAAUCGGAUACGUUGUUAAUUAAUCAGCAGGAAUUUUUUGCUUGCUUUUAUUCACUUAAUGCCACAUAUAACAAUUUUCCGAAGGAGCUGCAGUCGAGUCUUAAGCGUAGCGCCAAUUUAUUGCUGCAACGUUACAUAGCCAGCCCUGUUAAGCAUGCGAACAUUUUCCUUACGCUGUUGCGUGAUCUUAAUAGCAAUCAGAAGCAACGCACGGAAGUCGAUGGCUGCGUCAGCUGUUUACUGAGCAGCGGCGCCGAUGACUGCUUUAAAGUGUGGCGCAUGAACUACAAGAAACAGCAGUUGCCCAGUCUGCUGUUAUUGCAGGCAAUCGAUGACAAUUGGACUGAAUCCACCAAAACGUUAGCGGAAUCGCAAUCGUAUCAUGCAUUUUUGUACGACAUUCACAAUUUAAAUGUCGAAUUGCAAGCGAGCAAACGUAAAGAGACUUAUAUCGAUGAUCUGCAAGCUGUUCUUAAGACGGUGCAGGAGAAGAGCAGCGCACAACAGAAAAAGAAUAAACAGAACGCAACGCAAAAGAAGAAAUGCGGUUGCUGUAAAUGGACGCUGGGCAGCAUUUUCAUUAUAGCUUUGAUUGCUGGCGCCCUCUGCUACGACACCGAGGUGAAUGGCAAGGGCAUUUUUGAGAAAUCAGCCACGGGCAAAGUGUUGAAAAAUGCCGGCAUGUUGCCCCAUGUGCAACGCGGCUGGUAUGCCACAAUGUCGGCAAGUGCACGCGGCUACAAGUGGGCCGAGCAGCAUGUGCCCCCCUAUGCCGAACCGGCCAUCCAAACCAGCGUCAAUGUGUGGAAAGUGUUGCGCAAUGCCGGCUGCACAGUUUGCACGCACAGCCUCAACUGGUGGCGCACCAGGUGGCCAGCGGUUGCCAAAACGAUCGAUCAAUAUGUGCCCAAUUUCUCGCAUAAACUGGAGGCCAUUGCCGAUGGCGCCAAGGAUUUGGCAGUCAGCAGCUACGACAAGUCCGCAACGAUCAUCAAGGAGAAGGUGCUGGUUGGUCGCUUCUCCCCGGAGAACAUUAACCAGGCGCUGAAUCAGACGCGCAAUGUUGCAUUGGAAUAUUACAAUCAGUUCCACAAAAAGGUCGAUGCAUAUGCCAAGCUCAAAUGAUUUUAAGCGUCUGGCACGUUUAAUCCAACAUCCAACAAACAAGAGCAGCAUCCACUACAACAACAACAACAAUAACAGCAGCAACAACAACAGUAGCAACAAACAAACAACAAAUAAACAAAAUGCGUCUUAGUCAAAGCGAAGAAGAAAUAAACCCAAAAAACUCGAGAAGCAUAUUUCCAUUUUUUUGGCAUAAUUAGUCAAAAAAAAAAGAAAAAAAAACAGCAAACGUUGCAAAAACACACAUAAACAACACAAAAACAACAACAAAAAUCAGCCCGUUUGCUGUACUUAAAAAAAAAACUAAAAAAAAAGUAAUAAUUAAAUAUACAUUUACAAUUAGUAAAUUUAAACACAUAAUCAACAGUUUAGUUGUGUAAAAAAAUGCAAGAAAGAAAGAACGAUAAACUAAAGAAAGAAUUGUAUAUUUUGUAAAUGAGCUCGCGAAAAACUGUUGUACAUUUUUCCGGGGGGCAAUUUGCCGAGGGGGCUUUGAGGAAAAUGCGGAAAACUUUUUGUUUUUAUGGAACGCGUCGCGAGUUUCGAUCGAUCAACGAAUUUGUUUCACACACAUUUCUCACACACAUUUUUUUAAAUAUGUAGUUCGUCUCAAAAAACAUUCAAGAACUUUUCGAAAAUUUCCCUCAAAUUUAUUUUGCGCGCGCAACGAAAUAAGUUAAGUUAAAGAGAGAAAAACUAAUAUAAAAUCAAGUCAACAACUAACAUUUCCAAUUGCAUUUCAGAGCAACAAAAACAGCAUAAAUUAAUUUUUAUAAUUAAAAACAAAAUACUAUUCAAACUACUUAAAUGUUUAAACUUUAAAGGUUUCUUUUUAAAUGUUUACAUCAUUAUAUAUUAUGUAGUUUAAUUGUGUGCAUGCCAAUUUUUAAGCAUUUUCUCCAAAAGACUUUCAAGUUAAACAGUGUGUGUUAGGUCAGCUAUAUAUUUAUAUACACAUAUAUAUAUACAAACAUAUUUCUCAAUUGUGUAUUUCAGUUUCGAAUUCCAUUUGUAAGUUAACGUAUUGAAGGAUUUUUGCAUUAAUAAACGUUGAAGUAAAUGAAAA